AUGCAUUUCAAUCGGCGCGCCCUAAAAGUCAAGAACAGCCAGAAGGUGGUGGGGCAGCGACGCGAGGAACUGGUGGGCCGCGCGGUGACGUCAGCGGCGGUGCGCCUGCAGGGCGAACCCCACCGGCCACCUCCGCUGCGUUGGCUGCCGCUGCACCGCGCACAGCUGCACGCAGGAGAUCUGCUCUUCUCUGCAGAGGUGCUGCAGGUGGGAACUAACGAAGACGUGGCGGUGGAGACGUGGUCGACUCGUGAAGGUGUGGUGGUACCCAUUCCAGUGGAGAUCCGUCCGCGCAUCAUCACCUACAAGCUGGAGGCGGUGUUCUGGGGCGUGCGGCGGCUGCGGCGCGUGCAGCUGCUGCCCGUGUCCCGGCCGCGCGUCGCGCUGCAGGUCGCGGGCCGCCGCCUCUGCUCUGCCGUCAUCCCGGACACCGCCGCUAACCCCAACUUCCCCAACCCGCGCAUGGUAUUCACUCUGGAGCUGCCGGAGCAGGAGGAGUACCUGCCUCCGCUGCAGGUGGAGGUGCACGACUGCCGCAGCUUCGGCCGCGAGGUGCUGGCCGGCGUGCACGCACUGCACAGCCUCGCUGACUUCGUCGUGCCGCCUCCGCCCUAUCUCACUGAUAAACAGCUGUCAGAGAUCCAACAGGGCCUGGAAAAAGGCCAUGGUGCAGAGGAACCACCGGCGAUUGCUGUGAAGAGAGAGAUUCGAAAGACAAUGACAGCAGUACGCCAUUUAGACAGUGAAGAUGUUCCCACCACGCCUGAGCCAAAGAAAGACGAACCUGAGCGUAAAAAGAAGGGUCGCCUCGGAAUCGGACUGGUGUGGCGUCGUAAGCACGCAGCUCCCACCAUUGCCGAAGAAGAAAUUGAAGCCCCCGACUGGUGGACCAAGUACUACGCCUCACUGCCGCAGGCAGAACGAGACAGGAAAUUGUCUCUAGCUGGCCACGUGGGAGCCGAGGCGACAGAACCGGUGGAAAAGUUGGAACUAUACCCGUGCGAGCUGGAGAAGCUGUCCCAGUUCAGCGGCCUGCAAGACUGGCUGCGCUGCUUUUCUCUGCACAAGGGCAAGCGCGCCGGCUCCGGCCGCAGCCCGGUCGUAGGGCACGUCAAGGCAGCGCUAUGCCUGUACCCGUCUCCGUUCCCGGAGCGGCCGGCUGUUCGCUUGCUGUCGCGACACGAGAACAACGCACCGGUGCGUGUGUGCGUGCGCUGCUACUGCGUGCGGGCCACGGAGCUGCACCCGCGUGACCCGACGGGGCUGUCCGACCCCUACGUGGAGAUGCGCGUGGGCGGCCAGGUGGCCGGCUCCAGGGACGACUACGUCCCGCAGCAGAUAGAGCCCGUGUUCGGCAGGCUGCUGCAGCUGGAGUGCGUGCUGCCGAGGGACUGGCAGUUGUCGGUGCGCGUCAUGGACUGGGACCGCACGACGCGCGACGACCUCAUCGGUGAGACCAGGAUCGACCUGGAGCAGCGCCUCCUCAGCGACCACCGGGCCCACUGCGGCCUCCCCCCGGAUGAACGUCGAGAACUGAAGGAGCACUUGCGAUGCAGGAAGGGCUACAACGCGUGGCGCGACGCAGAGCGGCCGACGCAGAUCCUGGAGGGCCUGUGCAGGAGGCAGGGGCUGCGUCUUCCUGAGUACCUGGCCGACGACACGCUCAGUGUUGCCGGGGCCACGUACUCCCUGCCGUUGACCGACCAGUCCGCCGCGGAGCGGCGGAGUUCGGAGUGGCGCGAACAGCUGGCUCUGGAGGCGCUGCGCGCGUGGCGGCCGCGGCUGGUGGCGGAGCACGUGGAGCGCCGGCCGCUGCUGCACGCCGCCUUCCCGGGGCUGGCGCAGGGCUUCCUGCACCUCUGGCUGGACCUCUUCCCGCUGCCGUCCGCCGCCGCGCUGUGGGUGCCGGAGCAGAAGCCGCAGUCGACGGACGUGCACUACCGGUCGUUGAACGGCGAGGCGAUGUUCAACUGGCGGUUCGUGUUCCCGCUGUGCUACCUGCCGGGCGAGCGCCGGCUGCUGGUGCAGCACCGCUCCGGACCGAUGCUGGGGCGCUCCACCCGACGCACGGCGCCGCCCCGGCUGCACCUCCAGGUCUGGGACAGCGACCACUUCUCGCCCGACGACUUCCUCGGCGCUGUGACGCUGAACCUGUGGCAGCUGCCUGUGGGCGCCCCCUCUGCCAAGCAGUGCUCGCUGGCCAUGCUGGAGCGCGGCGCGCCCACCGUCAACCUGUUCAGAGCGCGCAGGGCGCACGGCUGGUGGCCCUUCAGGACACGCGAGGAAAACGAGUACAAAAUCGCCGGCAAAGUGGAGCUGGUACUGGAGGUGCUGACCAGCCUGGAGGCGGAAGCGAGGCCUGCCGGCAAGGGCCGACAAGAACCGGACGCGCUCGAGAAGCCCAAGUGA